AUGGCGGCAACGGAGGAUACUUACCCGGUCAAUGGCCGUCAUUCUACACGCCAAGUCACAGGAUGGGCGGGAUUGAUCCGAGUCGACGGGAAAGCAUUUACCUGGAUGGGAGCGCCGAGGGACGUUGAAGCCGCCAGUCAAGUCGCGUACGAGUAUACGAGCACGAAAAGUAUCUUCACAAUCGAGGUUGACGACAAGGUGUCGAUGAAAGUCACGUUCCUCUCUCCGCUCACUCCGGAUGACUUCAGGCGCCAGUCGUUGGUCUUUUCAUACAUGAACGUCGAAGUUUCCUCUUUGGACGGCUCGAACCACGAUGUGGAGCUGUACACGGACAUAUCCGCCGAGUGGGUUUCGGGGGAUCUUGCCGCCAUCGCACAGUGGGACUUCGGCGCGACGGAUGACGUCUCGUACCACCGUGUCUGGAAGCAGAACCAGCAGUCGUUCAGCGAAGUCAACGACCGGGCCGAAUGGGGCAAUAUCUACUACGCGACUGACUCCUCUGAUGGACUGACUUAUCAAUCCGGCGCGGAUACCGACGUCCGCGGUGCUUUUGUGGGACAGGGGAAGCUUGCGAAUUCCAAGGAUUCCAACUUCCGCGCGAUUAAUUCGAAUUGGCCAGUAUUUGGCUAUGCCGCAGAUCUUGGCUCCGUAGGCGCCUCUCCGGUCUCAACUCUCUUUACUAUUGGCCUCUGCCAGGAUGACGCGAUUCAAUUCCUUGGUGCAAAUGGUUUGACCACCAUUCCGUCGUUAUGGAAGAGCUACUUCAGCGAUGAUCUUGCUGCCCUGUCCUUUUCCCACAAGGAUUACUCGGAGUCAAGCAAGCUUUCGACCGAUCUCGACACCAAGAUUUCCAGUGACUCCAUCGCCGCUGCUGGCCAGAACUACGCCAUACUCACCACCCUGGCGGCCCGCCAAGCAUUUGGCGCCGUGCAGCUUGUGGGAACGCAGGACAAGCACUAUUUGUUCCUCAAGGAGAUCUCGUCGAACGGGAACACGCAGACUGUAGACGUCAUCUAUCCAGCUUCGCCGAUCUUCUACUACACGAACCCGGAACUCGUUAAACUACUGCUGGACCCGCACUUCGAGAACCAGGAGAGUGGGCACUACCCCAACAAGUUCGCGAUCCAUGACCUCGGCACUCAUUUCCCCAAUGCUACUGGACAUCCGGAUGGCAAUGACGAGCACAUGCCUAUCGAGGAGUGCGGAAACAACCUCAUCAUGGUCCUCGCAUACGCGCAACGCUCAGGGAAUUCGGACUACAUCAAGCAGCACUACCCGAUCCUGAAGCAAUGGGCCGAGUAUCUCGUAGAAGACAGUCUCUACCCCGCCGAACAGCUCUCGACCGACGACUUCGCAGGCCACCUCGCCAACCAGACCAACCUCGCGCUAAAAGGCAUGAUCGGCCUCGAAGCCAUGUCGCAGAUCUCGACGCUCGCAGGCGAAGACGCCGACGCGCAAAACUACUCCUCCAUCGCGCACGAUUACAUCGACCAGUGGCAGACCCUCGGCCUCAACACGGCAGACAACCCACCGCACUCUAUCCUCAACUAUAACAACGCCACCACGCACGGCCUCCUGUAUAACCUCUACAACGACCGCCUGCUCAACACGUCCCUCGUCCCGCAGUCCGUCUACGACAUGCAAUCGGACUUCUAUCCCACUGUCGAGGAGACCUACGGCGUCCCGCUCGAUACCAGGAAUCGCUGGUAUACUAAGUCCGACUGGGAGGUCUUCUGCGCGGCGAUUGCGAGCGAAGAGACGAGGGAUAUGUUCAUCGCCGAUCUGGCGAAGUGGGUUAAUGAGACGCCGACUAGCAGGCCGUUUACCGAUCUGUAUCAGACGAACGACGGGGCGUUUCCGCCGGGCAUUGAGUUCAAGGCUAGACCUGUGAUGGGCGGGAUGUUUGCGUUGUUGGUGUUGUAG